CUAAACCUGCAAUAUAUGUACACGGAUGUAAUCCAGUAUUUAUAUGCGCAUUAUGUGUGUAUUAUUUGGGGAAGUGAGACAUGAUGAGGACGUCUGACCUUUAAGCAGCUUGGUCUCGAUGUUGUCCCUCACGAGCUUCCAUGGGACACCAGCAGGCAGGCGUGAUGCGUGCUCCUCUGCGGUGGGUGCUGUGGGACGUGAAAGACACCCUGCUAAGGGUACGUUCCUCGGUCGGUGAGCAGUACUGCGACGAGGCCAAACGAAUGGGCCUGAGCCUCAGGCCUGCCGAAGUGGGCGCCGCUUUUCGCCGGGCGUAUGGACAUCAUUGCAGCCGAUUCCCUAACUACGGCAUCGCUCAGGGAAUGGACGGACAGUCGUGGUGGACGGCGGUGGUGAAGGCCACCUUCUCUCAGUGCGGCGUGCGUGACCCGGACCUGCUCAGUACAAUGGCCCUCAACCUCUACCAGAACUUUAGCAAUGCAGCGAACUGGGAGGUUUUUCCAGACUCAAAGUCAGCUCUAGUGAGCUGCUCCUCACUAGGACUGCAACUGGGAGUGGUUUCCAACUUUGACAACCGCCUGGAAGCCAUCUUACGCAGUUGCGGGUUGCUUUCUCACUUCAACUUUCUGGUGACGUCAGAGGCAGCAGGUGUCGAGAAGCCCCAUGCGGCCAUCUUUGAUCAGGCCAUGCAGAAGUGCGGCGUGCCCCCAACCAGCAUAGUUCACGUCGGGGACCAUUACGUGAAUGAUUACCUGGCUUCUCGCUCGGCCGGAAUCCACGGCUUCCUCUUAGACCGAACAAAUAACUCAGACCGACAUCAUGUUCCAAAAGAGCAUCGGUUCUCAUCGUUGGAUGAGCUGCCAGCACGACUUAAACAAAUGGAUGAAUGCUCCUGAUUAUUUUUUUUAUUAUCUAGUAUGUCAACAUCACAGAACUGUCCUUUGACAGUGAUUCUCGCGAAAUAUAGUUCAUCUAAUUAAAUGAUUUUUUGCAUCCUUAAUACUUGAAAAGCUGCGGAGAACAGUGCCAUAGUGUGAGUUGCCCAGUUUGAGUCAUAUUGGUGCCCCCUGUAGUGUGGGUCUAAACCACUAGUCUAGUAUUGACAUCUUUGGUCCACCGUAAUCGGCAAUUCAAAAGUGGGCCAUAAUAAGCACUUGGGUUCAUUUCAUUUGUCAAAAAAAAAAAAGAUAUAUGUAAUUAUGAAAUGGGAGACACACAGUAUAAUGUUGAAUUUUAGUUUAAAUUGUAAUAGUUUAAUUAAUAUGCAUCCCUAGUUAUACAGCACAGGGCAUAGGAUAUUUUCACUAAUCAAUUUUCUGGAGUUCCUUUCCUCAUUAGGGUUGUGGUUGAGCUGCAGCUCCAGACAAACAACCAUUCACACUCACGUUUACACCCGUGGACAAUUGAAAGUCUUUCAUAAACCUAACAUGCAUGUUUUGUUUUUUUUUAUGUGGGAGAAAGCUGCAGGCAGGAAACCCAUGUAACUAAGGGUGAAUACAUUAGCAUAAUUGCAUCAUUAACUUAGUCACGUCAUUAAAACUACCAAUAAAAAUAUUAAUGGUG